GGUAUCCUCGAUAAGUUCCUCAUUCCAAAAGCUGCAUCGCCGGAAUCGAAAGUAUUUUAUUUGAAGAUGAAAGGCGACUACUUUAGAUAUAUGGCCGAAAUCGCAACUGGUGAUUCAAGAAAUGCCGUGAUUGACAAAUCGCAAAGCGCAUAUCAAGAAGCGACCGAUAUGGCCAAAGAAAAAAUGCAUCCCACAAAUCCGACUCGAUUGGGUUUAGCACUCAAUUUCUCAGUUUUCUUUUACGAAAUACUCAACACACCCGAGAAAGCCUGUCAACUCGCAAAGCAGGCAUUCGACGACGCGAUAGCCGAGUUGGAUUCGCUGACGGAAGAAACCUACAAGGAUAGUACACUGAUAAUGCAACUGCUUCGUGACAACAUAACACUUUGGGCAUCCGACAGUUCCAUCGAAGAGCACGAAAGUAACGCCGAACAACAACAAGCACAACCCUAG